GGGGGGGGGGGAUAGACAUUGAGAACAGUGACUACCUUACCUACCUUCUUAGAAGGGCGCGUAUAAGUGUGUAGAUGAGCAGCAGCAGUUGCGGGGUGGAAUUUUCGUCGCCCAGGUCAACAUCCGUCACUGACCACUGGACGGUCUAUACUCACCGCGGCCAGCCUCCCAAGAUGAAGCCGUCGCGAAGACUGAACGCCGCUCUUGGUGCGGCAUUCCUGGUUGACCGAUGUCUGGCUGCUGCUACUUCCGGUGUAUUUAACGUCCUGUCCAUCAACGUCGCGGGCCUCCCGGCGUUCCUGAACAACAAUGACGUGCCCGGGGACAAGGCGACAAACGCGGCGACCCUCGGAUCCAAGUUUGCCCAGUAUGACCUCGACGUCGUCCAUGUGCAGGAGGACUUCAAUUACCACGCCUACAUCUACAGCACCGACACACACCCGUACCGGACCGCCACGUCCGGGGGCGUCCCUAUCGGGUCGGGCCUCAACACGCUGUCCAACUUCCCCUGGGCCGACUUCCGGCGGAUCAAGUGGGACAAGUGCUCGGACGCGUCCCAGUUCGACUGUCUGACGCCCAAGGGCUUCACCUUCAUGCGGGUGGCCAUCUCCAACUCGACGACAACAGCAGGCAGCAGCAGCAGCAGCAGCAGCAGCAGCAUCAGCAGCAGCAGCAACAACUCGACCGCGGUGUACGUCGACUUUUACAACCUGCACGCGGACGCCGGCACCGAGGAGCAGGACCUCGUCGCCCGCCAGGACAACAUCAACCAGGUGGCCGCGCACAUCGCGCAGUGGAGCGCCGGCAACGCCGUGGUCGUGUACGGCGACACCAACAGCCGGUACAGCCGGGCGGGCGACACGGGGAUCCGGGCGCUGCUGGCGGCGAGCGGGAACGCGGGGGGGCCGGGCAUGACGGACGCCUGGGUCGAGCUGGAGCACGGCGGCGUGGUGCCGGCGGCGGAGAGCGCGUGCGGCAACCCGGCCGAGAGCGACACGUGCGAGGUGGUCGACAAGGUGUUUUACCGCUCGAGCCCGCUGGUGGCGCUGCGGGCGACGACCUUCCGCUACGACGGCGCGCGGUUCCUGCAGCCGGACGGGAAAAACGUCCUCUCGGACCACAACCCCGUCUUUGUCGAGUUCUCGUGGGCCGCCGGUGCGGCGCUCCGGCAGAGCGACUUCUCCGGCGGGGCGGCGUACGGUACUUGGUUCAGCGACGUGCCGACGCUCGCGGCCAUCAGCAAGCCCAAGCCGCAGCUGCUGAGGUUCAGGGGCGGGUCGAGACUGGACGGCGUGGCCCUGACGCUGACGGACGGCACGCAAUUGAGCCACGGCGGCACGGGAGGGACCGAGGUAUCCCUCGAGCUGGGCCCGGCAGAGUACUGGGUCGAGGCGGAGCUCUGCCGGGGGGAGAAGGACGGCAAGACGCGAAACUUCUACAUCCGGGCGGCCACCUCGGCGGGACGCACCCUCGCGGCCGGCACCCGCACCACAGAUUGCACGUCCUCUGCGGCGGAGGAUGGCUGGCAGAUCGUGGGCUUUGUCGGACAGGACGGCGACGAGAUUGACCUGCUCGCUUUCGUGUACGCCCCCAGGUGAUGACGAAAGGCGCCACCCGACCAGCGGUUACGUCCGUCCGUUACA